AUGUUGUCCUCUGUGAGGACAGGCGCCUCAAUGGCUGUUAGAGCCCGGCCGACUGCCCAAAUCGUCCCCUUCCGCGCGGCCGCUGUCGCUUCCAUCUCCUCGUCCUCCCGCAAGGACGCCACGGGUGCCGUCGCCCCCGCGGGCGCACAGCACGGCAUCGCCAGGCGCGAGCGCAGAGAGGUUCCUCUUCCCAGCCAGGAGGGCACCAAGGGCGCCGUUCAAUAUGCUCUCACAACCCUCGACAGCAUCGUCAACUGGGCCCGCCAAUCCUCUCUCUGGCCCAUGACCUUCGGCCUCGCCUGCUGUGCCGUCGAGAUGAUGCACCUCUCAACCCCGCGGUACGAUCAAGAUCGUUUGGGCAUCAUCUUCCGUGCCUCGCCCCGCCAGUCGGACGUCAUGAUUGUGGCGGGCACCCUGACCAACAAGAUGGCGCCCGCCCUGCGCCAGGUGUACGACCAGAUGCCCGAUCCGCGUUGGGUCAUCAGCAUGGGCUCGUGCGCCAACGGCGGCGGCUACUACCACUACUCGUACAGCGUCGUGCGCGGCUGCGACCGGAUUGUCCCUGUUGAUAUCUACGUCCCGGGGUGCCCGCCUACUAGUGAAGCGCUCAUGUAUGGCAUUUUCCAGUUGCAGAGGAAGAUGCGGAAUACGAAGAUUACGAGGAUGUGGUAUCGCAAGUAG